AUGAAAUUUUUUACUGUGGCAUCAAUUGCUGCUGUUAUUAAUUUAGCAACCAUUAGAAGCGUUGCUGCUGAAAAAUAUGAAAUCGCCAAUGCUGAUGCUGUUCUUUUAACAAAAACAAUGAAUGCCAAAAGAGCUCGUCAUAGUAAGACUUUACCAGUGGUAUAUUCCAAUUCAUUAUCCGAAAAAUGUGAAAGUAUCAUGCGUAAUCUAGACUGUGAAAAUAUUAACGUGGUCCCUAAUAAACUAUUCGGUAGUACUAUCAGUGUCGGUUUUGAGAUUGCUGACGCUAUCGACGAAUGGUAUUCUGAAUUUUUCCAUUACGAUUACAGCAAUCCAGAACUUAAACAAACUAAUGCUAACUUUUUGCAGAUGCUUUGGAAACCAAGUACCAAAGUUGGUUGCUGUAAGAGAACUUGCCCAGGAACUGGUAAAGUUAUACUUUGUCAUUAUGAUGAAAGGGUAAAUCCUAUCAGUUUAUCCAGUGGUAUCGGGGAACUUUUAUUAGAUAAGGUGACGGUUACCGAAACUCGGACUGCUUACCAAACAAUUACAGAUUCUCAGACCAUUACUGAUCUUCAAACCAUUGGUUUGGAAACCUUGACCUUUUUUGGUAACAUGACAACUGUUACAACCACAUCAGCUGUGUUCGGAACAGAUGAACCAAUUACCACCACUGAAACUGUUACUGCUGAUAUGAAUACCGAUACCAUAACUGUUACAAACUUAUUUACUCAAACAGAAACUUUACCUGAUAGUGAGAAUACUAUAACUGAGUUGGUCACUAAUACAAAAACAAAUUCCAUAACUAUCUCUGCUGAUGGUCAAACUUUAACUGAAACCCAAACAAUUAUACAGACUGUCAAUCCUAUUACUAUUACAGAGACCGUCAAUGCUAGUGCCGUAACAAUCACAAAAACGGAAACUCUAUCAUCCAGUGUAGCAAAGAAUACAACUGAAACUUUAUUAGUAACUGAAACCCAAAAGGGAAUAAAAACAGAAACAACUACUACACUAGAUAGUACUACUAAAACAAUUACCAAGACCAAAACCGCAACAGAAAUGACUACCAGGACGGACACUAUAUUCAUAACUGAAACGAAAAUCAAGACCGAAUCGACCUAUGCAUCUGAAGACAUUUCUUCAAGUUUGAUUGGGCCAUCCAGUACCUAUGUUAGUUUCAUUAAACCUUCCGAAACGAUUACAAGCUCAUUUAUUACUCCUACCAACACUGGAAUACACACUGGUCAACACAGUUCGUCAGAAUAUAAUUCUAUAGUAUCUGAUGACAAUAAUUCAGGACCAAACACGUUCAGUGAUAUGAAUGAAGGAGGUUAUGAAAGCUCACCUACUACAGUCCCAUCUUCUGUAGAAACACAAAAUUCAGCUACCAAUGCACUAUCUACUACUGUAGACGUUCCUGAAAACUCUUCGUCAUCUGCAUCCGAAACAAACGGAAAUACCGAAUCUACAAAGACUCCAGUAACUGCGUCUGGGGUCACCAAAACUACUGAUAAUUUGAACUCUGGUAAUGGCGAAGGUUCCACAAAGACUACGGUAACUGAAUCCGGACCUACACAAUCAACGGGGGACUCUGAUAACAACAACUCUGAUGAAGGUUCUAACUCCGGUAAUAGUAAUAACGGAGGUGAUGGUUCUAACACAGGUUCCAACGCAGGUCCCAACUCUGGCUCCAAUUCUGGUUCCAACUCUGGCUCCAACUCUGGCUCCAAUUCUGGUUCCAACUCUGGCUCUAACUCUGGCUCCAACACAGGUUCCAACACAGGUUCCAACGCAGGUUCCAACACAGGUUCCAACACAGGUUCCAACGCAGGUUCCAACACAGGUUCCAACGCAGGUUCCAACACAGAUUCCAAUUCUGGUUCCAACUCUGGCUCUAACCCUGGUUCCAACUCUGGUUCUAACUCUGGUUCUAACUCUGGUUCUAACUCUGGCUCUAACUCUGGCUCUAACUCUGGUUCCAACUCUGGCUCCAACUCUGGCUCUAACUCUGGUUCUAACCCUGGCUCUAACUCUGGUUCUAACUCUGGUUCUAACUCUGGUUCCAACCCUGGCUCCAACCCUGGCUCCAACCCUGGCUCUAACCCUGGUUCCAACCCUGGCUCCAAUUCUGGUUCCAACCCUGGUUCCAACUCUGGCUCCAACUCUGGCUCUAACUCUGGCUCCAACACAGGUUCCAACACAGGUUCCAACGCAGGUUCCAACACAGAUUCCAAUUCUGGUUCCAACUCUGGCUCUAACCCUGGUUCCAACCCU